UGUGUGAACAGUACGUCGUUAUCGACAGUCCUGCGUGCAUCACCAUAGCAACGCAUAACGCCGCUUGGUGAGUGAGGCACUUACGUGGUUUAAAGGUGCAGGUAAAUGUUGAACUCUCUCACCUGGGAAACACUGAAGUCAAGACCCGCGCGGCGCCCGGGGGUGCGGCACGGUGAGCCAGGCAUCACACCGACCUCACUACACACAGGCAGCGGAUAUUCUCCCAGCAUGCAGCUGCAAUGUUACACCAUGAUCGCCGUGAUAUCUGCAGUCUUCUCGCUAGCAGCCAAGACAGUAUCAGGGCAGUCUGUCAACAGCCUGGACACAUGUAGACUGACGACGCCGUCUCUCGGGGAACAAGUUGUCACCGACGCCGUAUCGGGGUUCAAAUAUUUCUGGGUGACGCAAUGUGGUUACCACAGCGUGAACACCAGCUCCCCUAGUAUUGAAGUAAGGGGGACGGAACACGUCAGUGAUGCGGUGUUGGAGAAGGCAGCUCGUCUCACUCAUCUGAUUGUGUCGUUCAUGUCGCCCACGUUGUUCCGGCGCGUUGCUGCCAACGUUGCUGUGGGAAUCUACUACCGUCGCACCGAGGACCCCUCCGUCUUCCCCGAGUACACGCCGGCUCCAAACUGUAGAAACGUCUGCACCGGCAACUGCAGCCUCACCUGCUCCGACCGCGGCCUCCCUGUCGCAUAUGAGAUCGCCUACGGUGGCCGCUUGGUCGUUGUUCCAGCUCAAAAUGUCGCAUGCUCGAGUUCGAAUCCCAAUCAGUUUGAGAACCUCCUCGUGGCAGAAUUCAGUAGAGCCCUGUACAAGUAUGGCCUCACGGAGACUCAGAAACUCAAGCUGGAGGAUGCCAACAGGGACGCCCAGUCUGUCUGGGGGAAGGAGAUCCCAGUGACGGACUACUUCAGGCAGGCCACUCUCUCUUGGUUCCAGUCCACCAAACUCAACUCAGGCACAACAUACGGUAUGAACAGUUGCCAGGGCUCGGCGUUGUGCCCCAGUGAAUGGUACUCCAGGAAUAACAUCAGACAGAAAGACCACAGACUCUAUGAUGCUCUCAACGAUAUAUACAACAACGACCGUGCCUACAUACACGGGGGUAUCACGCUGUGCGAGUGGUGAUAUGGGAAUAUGGCCACCGUGUUGUCUGUGAUGUCAAUACUGAGGACAAUACAGACCAGUAUACACAUUGCGAGAUCUCGGGUGGAUUCAUCGGCUACGACAGGACAUCGUCCAAACUUCACGGGUGUGUAUGCACUACAACCCGUCAUCACCUGUGAAUACAAAUAGGCGGUGUUAUAGUGACGCGUGUAUAUUUUAGUCAAUUGAUGACUGUAAAGCUUUAACGCAAGACUAAUCUUGAUUUUCCGCCGAAGCAGAUUCCAUUUGUCGUAAAGGGCAAAAUAGCUGUGAAAAUUAUAUGAACGGACCACUAAAAAUCAGUGAUGACACCAGGUGUUCCCGAAAAGGGUAAGCACGUCCUGCCCUACCGGUUGCACUCGCUAUUUAAAAGUUAAUAUUUAUUGCUUGACCCUGCGAUGCGACGGCGGUUUGUAAACAAGCCAGACAAUUAAGAAAUCGAUGGACCAGAAAAUCCGGUGUGCGAAUCCUACCGAUAUUCAAACUGUGUGUGGAGCAGUGGCCGCAAAAUGUGCACAUGUUGCACGUGCAACAUUGCCGUUUGUGCGGUGUUAUCUGAGCGCUGAUUGGUCUAAGCAUGGGUUGGUUUCCCUCUCGCUGAAACCAGGCCGUAGCUUGAUUCGUUGGCUAAAACGAGCGAUUACACUUCAAAGCUGCCGUAUGUAUUCACGGGUGAUGGGGUUACGUGGUGUAUAUAAAUAAAU